AUGGGAAAAUCAUUGAGUUUUGUCCCACCAAUCCAGAACAAUGGGAAACCAGUGGUGACGAUAGAUGAAAAUGACAUAAGAGCACAAGAGGAUUAUUGGGUUAAAGCUUUGAUUGAGUAUGUAAUAGGGGAUAUACCAUAUGUGCGAACAAUAGAAAACUAUGUUGAACAGGUAUGGAAUUUUGUUCCCAAACCUCAAAUCCUCUAUCAUGAUGAUGGGUACUAUAUGUUUAGAUUCAACACAGUUGAGGAUAGGGACCGUGUUAUGCAAGCUGGGCCAUACACCUUCCACAACAAGUCGUUUAUACUACAACACUGGAAAAUUGACUUUGAUUUUAACCCGGAAUGCAUUAGGAGAAUACCCUUAUGGGUACAAUUCCCUGGAUUGCCUGUAGGGUACUGGUCGACUGAGGCGUUGAGUAAAAUUUCUAGUGUUGUAGGGAAACCUCUGUACACAGAUAAAGUUACUGCUGAAAUGGAAAGAAUAUCGUAUGCCAGGGUGCUUAUUAAGACUGAUGUCUCCAGGGUGUUGCCUAAGAAUAUUGAACUAAUUGUACCAAUAGGGGCAUUCCAACAGAGGAUAAAAUAUGAGUGGAAGCCUAAGUUUUGCCAUGACUGCUUAAAGCUUAGCCAUAAGGAUGUGAAUUGCUGGAAGAGGGCCAGAGAAUAG